AACCAGGAGCCAGAGGAUGGGACCAAAAUCUUCACUCUCCCUCCGGCAGAACAGCAGCCUUCUCGCUAGCCCUCUCCUCUGAUUUCUUCAAGACUCCUGACAACCAGGAAUAGGGCAGAACUGGACGAGAGUGCCUGAGCUCACUUCUUUCCAGGUUUUCAGUGUCUGGCCCGGAUUCUCUGAAGCAAGACAGCAUCCCAACCCUCUUUCCCGGGGCAAAAACUGCACCCGCUCCCUGCAGCAUCUAGGGCCCGAUAGGAUAGUUGGGUCUGGAACAUCGUUCACAACACAGAAAGGAACGCAUGGGGAGCCUCGACCGUCCAGUCCCCAGGUUACCUAGCCAUCGCCUCUGCUGCCUGUCCAGCAGUUCUCUCCCUUAACCCACCCUAGUUGCUGCCCACCCACCUCCCCAUUACCUCAGCACGCAGCCCCUCCCUGCGUGAUGAUGCAAACCCGAGAGGGAGGGGGAAUAGGGGAAGGGUGGAGAGGAGAGGGGAGGAGGGAGUGGGAGGAGGAGGAGGAGGCUGUGGAGAGAGGGAGCUGAACGACCAUUUAAAGCGAUAGCAAUCCCUUCCCUCUCCCCAGUGCUGUGCUGCUGGGGAGCACGGCGAGGGGGAAAGGGAGAGUGAGAGCUAGAGAGAGAGAGGUAGAGAGAGAGAGAGGCAGAAGGCAGGAGCGCAGUGCGCCCUAGUCUGGGAGGCAACACGGGACACCCCCAUCGUCUCUCCAAUUCCCAAGACUGCCCCCUUGCUUUGCAUGAAGGAGACCCCGGGGGCCCCAGCUGGCCAGAGCAGGGCACCUGGGCAUCGAAGCACUCGCUACCGCCGCCGGGGCCGGGGCCGGGGCCGGGGCCGCCUCCGCCACCGCCACCACCACCGCAGCAGCCGCCACAGCAGCUGCUGCGGCCCCAACUGUUCCAACACCAUGCUCCGGCUGGGGAGAUUGUUCCAUCUCUUGACUUUGAUGAAGUUGCCCUGUUGUUUGCUGGAGGUGCUCCUGGGUGCUGCUGCCGCCGCGCAAGGCCAAGAGAUGUAUGCCCCUCACUCCAUCCGGCUCGAGGGGGAUAUCACCCUAGGGGGGCUCUUCCCGGUGCACGCCAAAGGUCCCACGGGCGUACCAUGCGGGGACAUCAAGAAGGAGAACGGGAUCCACAGGCUGGAAGCGAUGCUCUACGCCCUGGACCAGAUCAACAGCGAUCCGGAGCUGCUACCCAAUGUCACGCUGGGCGCGCGGAUCCUGGACACUUGUUCCAGGGACACUUACGCGCUGGAACAGUCGCUCACUUUCGUCCAGGCGCUCAUCCAGAAGGACACCUCCGAUGUGCGCUGCACAAACGGCGAGCCGCCUGUCUUCGUGAAGCCAGAGAAAGUAGUAGGAGUGAUCGGGGCUUCAGGGAGUUCCGUGUCCAUCAUGGUAGCUAACAUCUUAAGGCUGUUUCAGAUUCCCCAGAUUAGUUAUGCUUCAACCGCACCAGAAUUAAGUGAUGACCGGAGAUAUGAUUUCUUCUCUCGAGUGGUCCCACCAGACUCCUUCCAGGCCCAGGCCAUGGUCGAUAUUGUGAAAGCUUUGGGAUGGAAUUAUGUCUCUACUCUUGCAUCAGAAGGAAGUUAUGGAGAAAAAGGUGUUGAAUCCUUCACCCAGAUUUCCAAAGAGGCAGGUGGGCUCUGCAUUGCUCAGUCAGUGCGAAUUCCUCAAGAACGGAAAUACAAGCCUUCUGAUUUUGAUAAAAUUAUCAAACAGCUCUUGGAUACUCCCAACUCCAGGGCCGUGGUGAUUUUUGCCAACGAUGAGGAUAUAAAGCAGAUCCUGGCAGCUGCCAAAAGGGCAGACCAAUUGGGUCAUUUCCUCUGGGUUGGAUCAGACAGCUGGGGUUCCAAGGUGAACCCCUUGUAUCAGAAUGAAGACAUAGCGGAAGGAGCCAUCACCAUUCAGCCAAAGAGAGCUACGGUAGAAGGUUUUGAUACAUACUUUACAUCACGUACACUAGAGAACAACAGAAGAAAUGUGUGGUUUGCAGAGUACUGGGAGGAAAAUUUCAACUGCAAGUUGACAAUUAGUGGGUCCAAAAAAGAAGACACAGAUCGAAAAUGUACAGGGCAGGAGAGAAUUGGAAAGGAUUCCUAUUAUGAGCAGGAGGGCAAAGUUCAGUUUGUGAUUGAUGCGGUGUAUGCCAUGGCCCAUGCCCUCCACCAUAUGAACAAGGAUCUCUGUGCCGAUUACCCCGGUGUCUGUCCAGAGAUGGAGCAGGCAGGGGGCAAGAAGUUACUGAAGUAUAUUCGCAGUGUUAAUUUUAACGGCAGUGCUGGCACUCCAGUGACGUUUAACAAAAAUGGGGAUGCUCCUGGACGUUAUGACAUCUUUCAGUACCAGAUAACGAACACCACCAAUCCGGGCUACCGCCUAAUUGGCCAAUGGACUGAUGAGUUGCAGCUCAAUAUAGAUGAUAUGCAGUGGGGCAAAGGAGUACGAGAAAUUCCAUCUUCAGUCUGCACUUUGCCCUGUAAGACUGGUGAAAGGAAAAAGACCCAGAAGGGGAUACCCUGCUGUUGGACUUGUGAGCCAUGUGAUGGAUAUCAAUUCCAGUCGGAUGAGAUGACCUGUCAACACUGUCCCUAUGAUAAGCGACCAAAUGAGAACCGUACUGGCUGCCAGGAUAUUCCCAUUGUGAAACUUGAAUGGCACUCACCUUGGGCUGUUAUUCCUGUUUUCUUGGCAAUGCUUGGGAUUAUUGCCACAAUUUUUGUAAUGGCUACCUUCAUUCGUUACAAUGACACACCAAUUGUCCGGGCUUCAGGGAGAGAGCUCAGCUAUGUCCUGCUGACCGGAAUCUUUCUUUGCUACAUAAUUACCUUCCUCAUGAUUGCAAAACCUGAUGUGGCAGUGUGCUCUUUCAGACGAGUAUUCCUGGGUUUGGGCAUGUGCAUAAGCUAUGCUGCUCUCUUGACUAAAACAAACCGCAUUUAUCGUAUAUUUGAGCAAGGCAAGAAAUCGGUGACAGCACCAAGGCUAAUUAGCCCAACAUCACAACUUGCAAUUACUUCCAGUUUAAUAUCUGUCCAACUUCUAGGUGUUUUCAUUUGGUUUGGGGUUGACCCACCCAAUAUCAUUAUAGAUUAUGAUGAACACAAGACAGUAAAUCCUGAACAAGCCAGAGGAGUCCUUAAAUGUGACAUUACAGAUCUACAAAUCAUUUGUUCCUUGGGAUAUAGUAUCUUGCUUAUGGUUACAUGCACUGUCUAUGCCAUCAAGACUCGGGGUGUCCCAGAGAAUUUUAAUGAAGCCAAACCCAUUGGAUUCACUAUGUAUACAACCUGUAUAGUAUGGCUUGCCUUCAUUCCAAUAUUUUUUGGCACUGCACAGUCAGCUGAAAAGCUCUACAUACAAACUACCACUCUUACUAUAUCCAUGAACUUAAGUGCGUCAGUGGCGCUGGGGAUGCUAUACAUGCCGAAAGUGUACAUCAUCAUUUUCCAUCCUGAGCUGAAUGUCCAGAAAAGGAAACGCAGCUUCAAGGCAGUCGUCACAGCAGCCACCAUGUCAUCUCGGCUCUCUCACAAACCUAGUGACAGACCCAAUGGAGAAGCAAAAACAGAGCUCUGUGAAAAUGUAGACCCAAAUAGCCCUGCUGCAAAAAAGAAGUACGUCAGUUAUAAUAACCUGGUUAUCUAACCUGUCCCAUCCGAAGUAAGUGAGGAGGUUGGAGAUCUUCAGUUAUUCAGUCACCCAACCUGGCACAGGACUCUUCCUGUCCUGCCGCAUACCAUCAUCGGAGGAGUUUAACGGCCAGGCAGUUACUGGAGACCAACGUUAGAGGGUCCGAGGAUCCUAAACAGCUGCUUCUGAAAUAUACUUAUUUUCUCUUGGCUUAAUAAGUCACUGGCAUCAGCACUGCCAAUCGGCUGUGAUCUUGGGCCUUUCUAUGACUCAGAGCUUCGGAACUCAAGACCCAGGCUCCUUAUGGGUGAACUGCACAGAGCAGCAGUGACUUUCCAGGGGCAAUUCUGUCUUUCUAUGUAUGUACUUCCAGACUGCAAGGUUUUGAAACUUUCUGUACAGUUUGUGAGGAUUUUUUGCAUAUUGCCAUCUAAUGUUGUAUCCGAGUUCACUGUUUGUUUUGAAUGCCCAGUUCUCUCAGAGCCCUAUUCUCUCAGAUGACAGAUUAUUUGGAAACAACAACAACAACAACAAUAACAAAAAUCUCGGCAGACAAAAACUAUAGCUGUACAUUAUUGUAUAAUUAUUAUUAUUGUACCACAGCAAAUCAUAUAUGUUAUUUUUUUUAAGAAAAAAAAAAGAGAUAUUUAAAGACCAAAAACUGUGCUGAGAAAGGAUGCCCCACCUAACUAUCCUCAGUCUGAUAGGCUUCAAGGAUGGGAAAAGAAAAAAAAAAAGGGAUUGGCAGACUUGAAUAGAGGUCUUGAUAUUUGGAAUGCAUGCCAGUAAUGUAUCUUACAGUACAUGUUCAAAUUUAUGUUUGAUAUUUGUAUUUGUGUUCAAUUUUGUUACUUUAAUUAGGGUAUAUGAAUAUUUUGCAAUAAUUUUAAUAAUUAAGGUAUUUGGAAGAAAGACUAUGGCUUUUUCACGUCUUGAGGUUUUGUUGAUGCCCCUCUAUGACUGACCAGUGUGAUAAGAACUUUAAAAAAAAGCAUGUAUGUUUUUUACUGUUUGUAAGAAGUAAUUUCGUUAAUCUUGCUGCUUAUGUGCCAAUUUAGUGGAUCAACCCGUGCCGCAAAACUACCCCUUUCCAUUCUCUUUCAAAUCUGUGAUAUUGUCCAAGAAUGUAUCAAUAAAAGACUUUGGUUAACUUUUUUAUUCACUGCAAUAAA